AUGAACCGACAACCAUUUAACAAGGCGGUCAGAUCUGACACUGUCAGCACCAUCCACUACAGCGCAAGCUUUUCAGAACUGGCGAAUUGCAGUGUGGUCUCUGCCAUCACCUUGGAAGAUGAACUCUUCGCCACCUCUGAUCAAAGGCAGUAUCUUUCCACGCUCGAAGAACGAAUGUAUGCAUCGGAUCCAACAACAUUUUCGUCACCGAGAAAGUGUGCCGAUUCUCCUGAAUAUGAUCGUUUCUCCUCCUGUCGCUCUGAUCAUAGAGACAACAAGACUCUGUGUCCAAUUCCGCAACGAAUGUCAUCACAAGAAUUUUCGAGUCCAUCCUCCAGCAAACAGACCACUCGCCGAGAGGGCCGAUCCAAUAGAAAACAAGAUCUACAAGAGAGUGACAACGUUAUCGGCAAUUUGUCCUUCUCAAUCUCCAGUGAUGACACCUAUCCCACUUUUGCCACCCAAGCAGAAUCAUUAGACCUAUUUGAUGUCUUCGGACAUCGAUACAAUACCUCAAAAGUUUGGGAUCAUGAUCGAUGA